CUAAAAGUUGUGUUAAAUGUAACGGAGUGUUAACAGAUACUUUCCCUGUGGAGAGGUCAGUAAGGCAGGGCUGUCCUUUGUCAGCUCUGCUGUACAGUGUUUCUACAGAACCGUUAGCUACAUUGAUAAAUAGUAAUAAAGAAGUAAGGGGUGUUGGAAUCCCAGGUGGUGGUGUCAGUGUUGUACAUCAGUACGCUGAUGACACUACUUGUACUGUGAAGGAUAUAGAAAGUAUUGGAAGCAUUAUGGGGAUCAUAGAUAUAUAUGGCAAGGCAUCGGGUGCUAAAGUUAAUAUAGAGAAGACUGAAAUAAUGUUUGUUGGGGAUAUCAAUGUAAACGGGUGUGAGAUUCCAUUCAAGAGCGCAACGGAUUUUAUUAAAGUGCUGGGAGUAAACAUUGGUGUAAAGGAGAAAGAGGCAAAAGAUAUAACUUGGACUGGGAUCCUUAAUAAAGUCAAGCUAACGUUGAAUUUCUGGAAAAAUAGAAAACUAAAGUUACAAGGGAAAGUAAUUGUUGCAAAUGCUUUGGUAUUAUCCAAAUUUGUGUAUGUUUUGGGAGUCCUGGACAUGCCGGAGUGGGUCCUAAAUGAAUUGAAUAAUGUGGUGUCAAAUUUUAUAUGGGAUGGUAAAGGAGUGAGAAUAUCUCAGAAAACAUUGAUUGCUGACUAUGUGGAUGGAGGUUUAAAACUUGUAGAUUUAGGUGUCAAAAGAAAAGCUAUUAGGAUAAAAACAGUAAAGAAAUAUUUGUAUGACAGUGAAGAUUAUGGCUGGAAACACUUCUUUAGAGUCUACUUAGAGGAGAGUGGUGGUUGUGAGGAUAAUGGUUUAUUGAUGGGGCUUAAAAGGGCAAUGUUUGAAAAGGUACCAGAUUUUUAUAAAGAGGUGCUAAAUGCAUGGGCAGAGUUGUUGCCUAAUGUAUAUUAUGAAUGUGGACAUAUUGACCUGAUUAUGAAUCAACCUAUAUUUCUGAAUGAGAAAAUCAAGAACAAAGAAAAAGUUUUGUAUAAUAAAGUAUUUAUGAGUGCAGGUCUACGGCAAAUAAAAGAUUAUACAUAUGAGGUAAUUCCAGGAUUUUUACCUGGGGAAGCUAUUUUUGACAUAAUCAAUGAAUGGGAUGAAGAGGUGGGAAGGGGAACAGUGAAUAAUAUGUAUGACAAGAUAAAGAAUAGUAUACCAAGAGCAUGGGUUGAUUUAAUAAAUAGUGAAGUUGAAAGAGAAGAUUUAUUUGUAUUUCCUAAUUUGUUCAUUGGUAGCAGUAAGAAGAAAGUACAUUUAUCUAGUAUACCAGUGAAAAGAUUGUAUAGAAUAAUGGUAGGAAAAGUGUGUAGAAGGCCGGCUGCUGAGAAAUUUUGGAAAGUAGUUUUUCCGGAAUUGGAUGAAAAAAGAUAUGGGGAAAUUUUAAUGUAA